CGACAUCAGACGUUUCCGGUAUGUCAACGUCAAAAGCUUAGAGUGCAGAGCCUCCGUCUGCGUCAGAACAAAAGGCCGACUGAUCCAUCUGCUGACUCAGCGGUGACUGGGGAGCAACCCACUUGCUUGGCAGCUUGACUGACUUGUAUCCCUCGGUCGGCCCAGCAGUGGCAGAGAAAGAUGCAAUGGCUGGUCACUUACGCGACGUGAUCUUUCUUGGCCUGGGCUUCUUUGGCCUUUUUGCUGCCUUCAACACGUCACAGGUCCACACACACACACGCACAGACACACACACUCUGCAGUGAUCACACUCAUUCUCGGGGAAUCACACAGUCCUCUCCCUGUCCGUCCAUGAAAUGUGUGUGUGCUUCAGGCUCUCUUGACCGUGUUCGACGGCGGCACUGGAUUACUCGGCUUUGCCCUCCUCUACAGUGUGUUUGCGCUGACAUCGUUUGUCGCCCCGCCGGUCAUCGCCAAGUGGUUUCCUCCACGCCACACCCAUCGAUGGGCACUCGUCACCGGCAGCCUCCCCUACGUCAUAUUUGUGGGCAGCGCCGCCAUCACAGCCCUGCCGCCCGCCCUCACGGUCAUCUUUACGACGCUCGUCGGCUUUGGCGCGCCCCUCAUCUGGACGGUGCAGGGGGACUGCCUGGGGCGCUAUGCCGUGUGGGACGCCACCAAUAUGGCAACAGCAGCAGAUGGCGGCGGAGGUGGGGUCUCUCGGAGCACUGAAGAUGGGGCCGAGGAAGAGAACGAGGUCGCCUUUUCCAUGAGCCAGGCGGACCUGUCGGAGGUGCCAACGAGGAAAGCUGAGGUGCAGCCGACCCCACCCGCAGUCCCAGCGGCUAGUGAUGCCCUCAAUGGGAUGAAUGGGUCUUCCCUGUCAGUCUCGACUUCGCCCCGUCCGUCGUCGCCCAUCCGUGCCAUCAGGGCCCUCUCCCCCUCAUCCUUGCACCGGCUGCUUGUAAACUGGUUCCGGCAGCACAGGGAGCCGCCCGGCGGCCUGCAAGCCCCGUUGCUGCCAAGUCCGACAUCGAGUGAGAAAUCUCAUGUUGGCGUUCAAUGCGUCCGGGAGGUGACACCCGCACAGCUGACGUCGGAGUACAACGGAAUCUUCUUCGGCUGCUUUCAGCUUAGUGGUACACACAAUCAGGGUCUUCAUGCAAUCAGACACACGAGACAGGCCUCCUUGUGUUGUGUGUGUGUGUGCGCAGGUGGUGUCGGGCUUCUGUUGAGCUCGGUGAUUCUGUAUGCGACCAAGAACCACCCACUGGAUGCAGCGCGUGCGGCUCUAUUCACUACACUGGCUGCAUGUGCUGCCGUGGGGAUGGUGCUGCUCACAUUGCCCAGGAGCGUCCCUGUGCAGGUGGCCGGAGGCAAGGGGAUACACGACGCCGAGAAAACAGUGCCCUCGGCGCUAGAGACUCUCUGGUACGCAUCCAUCCAUCCAUUCAUUUACCCACAUACAUGCAUGUGACCGGCUGGCGAAUGUCUCGGGUGUGUGUGUGUUCGUCUCGAUCGUAUCGAUCAGGCUGGCGUGUUCUGAUCCUCAUGUAUAUUACCUGAUUCCGCUGCUGCUGGCGAACGGCGGAAUCCUUGCCUUCGUCAACGGCGACUUCAGUGCUGCCGUGGUGACGCCGCUGCUCAGCCCGGCAGCGACAGCGCUUAUCAUUGGGGUGUUCUUUGGGGUCAACGCACUCAUGUCGCUGCUGUGGGUAAGGAGCCCUUCUCGACCCGCACACGCACAGGAGGCCGAUAUGAUAUAAUGGCCUUUGUGGCUAUCUUUCCCUCUCUGUGUGCAGGGUCUGAUUAUUCACGGCAGGUAUAUGCGGCGGUGGAGUGUGUUCGUGACGGCGGCCGUGUGUCAAGGGCUGGUGCUGAUCUACCUCCUCAUCCAGCGGGCUGUCGAGCCGCCCAACUUCACCAUGGACACAAAGGCGGACCGAUGGAUGGAAGUGAGGACCCCUCGCGUCUGGGACUGGGUGGUGAUGCUCGUGAGCGCCGUCCUGCUGGGAGCAGGUGAUAGCGUGUUCGAGAGUCAGCUGUCAGCUGUAUUCCAGACCUUCUUCCACGUCCACGACGCCAGCCCCACCCCCCCAUCAUCCCCGACCAUCGCACCCGCGGCCGGACCCACCUCGUCAGCAGCAUCGCCUUCGCACCCUGAUCCAGGAAUAAUGGACCCGUCUGAGCGCCUUCUUGCGGCAAUGGCACAGAUCGGGCUUUGGCGAUCGGUUGGCCAGGCCGUGCAGUUCUUCCUCUCUGCGGCCAUGGCGCGGUGGCUGGGUGCGAAGCGAGUGCCUUGGCUGGCUGGGUUGCUGCUUGUGGAGCUGGUGGUGGCGAUGGUGUGUCUGUGGCUGCUGCACACGAGGGUGGGUGCCUCUAUUGAUGUGGAGGCGGGGGGCAGGGGAGACAGGAAACGACGGAGAUAGAUAGGGUGCGUGAUUGCCAUGCCAAAUGAAGUGACGG